AUGGAACAUAAUAGGCAUUUUCUCAUGUUUAACUUAGACAAAUUUGACGACUGGAAGGUUCGCAUGCAGGCUCAUCUGUCAGGUAUCCAUGACGAGAUGUGGGACGUGAUUAUUGAUGGACCUAUCAAGAUCCUUCAAGUAAACCCCAACCGAAUACCUACUGAUCCAACUUCACCAGAGAUGAUACCGAAGGAUAAAUCCUUGCUGACCACCGAAGAAAGAACUCGUGUAAAUCUUGACAACAUCGCUAUGGAUAUACUUUACAAAUCUCUGGAUGAAUCGCUAUUUCCAAGAGUGAGAAAAUGCAAGUCAGCUAAGGAAAUCUGGGAUGUACUUAUGCAAAUAGGUGAUGGAGACGAGCAAGAGAAGGAUAACAAGUUAACGAUCGCCAUGAAGAAGUUUGAAGAUUUCAAACUUGGUCCAGAAGAAUCUAUAAUCGACAUGAAAGCUCGUUUUAUGAAAUUGCUAAUGGAUAUCAAUGACCUUGAUGAGAAAAAGCUCUCACAAAAGGAGAUAAACUUGAAAAUUCUCUGA